CCGGACCCCGCCUCCCCCUCUCCCCAGCGGCGCUCGGCUCGUUUAUUAUUAAAACCACCGGAAGCGCCGCCUCGUCCGCUUCUGGCACAGCAGAGCAAUCAGGCGAACUACUAGAGCUAGCUAAACCUCGGAGCCAUCCCCCCCGCGAGCGAGACACCCUCGAGGCCUCCUCCGAUCGCAGCCUCGCAAUCCCCCCCCCCCAUGGCGUCGCACAUCAUCCUGCCGCCGGAGGACGCCGACGAGAACCACCACCGGGAGGAGGAUGGGGAGGAGGAGGAGGAGCGGGAGGAGCUGGGGCACGACGGCGGGGAGCGCGCGCCCCCGGAGCAGCCGCCCAAGGCGGCGCUGCCGUUCUCGGCCACGUGCGUGCGGAUCUCGCGCGACUCGUACCCGAACCUCCGCGCCCUGCGCAACGCCUCCUCCGUCAGCCUCGCCGACGCCGCCUACGUCAAGAUCUCCGAGGGCGACUUCGGGUACGUGCUCGACGACGUGCCGCACCUCACCGACUACGUCCCCGAUAUCCCGACUUAUCCUAAUCCGUUACAAGACCAUCCAGCCUAUUCAACUGUCAAGCAGUACUUCGUCAAUGAAGAUGAUACUGUACCGCAAAAGGUGGUUGUUCAGAAGAACAGCCGGCGUGGCGUCCACUUCCGUCGUGCUGGGCCUCGUCAGAGGAUUUAUUUUGGUCCCGAUGAAGUAAAAGCCUGCAUUGUAACUUGUGGAGGCCUCUGCCCAGGGCUUAACACUGUUAUCAGAGAACUUGUGUGUGGCUUGUCACACAUGUACAACGUCAACAGCAUCUUUGGAAUACAGAAUGGAUACAAAGGGUUUUAUUCUAGCAACUACCUUCCCCUGACACCGAAGAGUGUCAACGACAUCCACAAAAGGGGUGGUACAAUUCUUGGGACAUCACGAGGUGGUCAUGAUACAAAGAAGAUUGUUGAUAACAUUCAAGAUCGUGGGAUUAAUCAGGUGUAUAUCAUUGGAGGAGAUGGAACUCAGAAGGGAGCAUACGAUAUAUUCAAGGAAAUCCGAAAACGUAGCCUGAAAGUUUCUGUGGCUGGAGUCCCCAAGACAAUUGAUAAUGACAUUGCGAUUAUCGACAAGUCCUUUGGUUUUGAUACGGCUGUGGAAGAGGCCCAGCGUGCCAUUGAUUCAGCUCAUGUCGAAGCUUGCAGUGCUGAGAAUGGAAUAGGCUUAGUAAAACUGAUGGGGCGCUAUAGUGGGUUCAUUGCGAUGUGUGCUACUCUUGCUAGUCGAGAUGUGGACUGUUGUUUGAUUCCGGAGUCUCCAUUUUAUAUGGAUGGAGAAGGUGGGCUGCUUGAAUAUAUAGAAAGGAGGCUGAAAGAGAACAAGCACAUGGUUAUCGUUGUUGCCGAGGGAGCAGGGCAGGAUCUUAUCGCAAAAAGUAUAGCCAAAUCAGAUCAACAAGAUGCAUCCGGAAAUAAGCUGCUGCUUGAUAUUGGUCUUUGGUUGACUCACAAGAUAAAGGAUUACUUCAAGACUAAAAAGAUGGAGAUGACGAUUAAAUACAUAGAUCCUACAUACAUGAUCCGUGCCAUUCCAAGCAAUGCAUCAGACAACGUGUACUGCACACUUCUGGCUCACAGCGCUAUCCAUGGUGCAAUGGCAGGGUACAGCUUCACCGUUGGAAUGGUCAACGGUAGACAUACCUAUAUACCUUUCUAUAGGGUGACAUCCACAAGGAACAAGGUUAAGAUCACCGACAGGAUGUGGGCCAGGCUGCUAUCGUCGACUAACCAGCCAAGUUUCUUAAGUCAGAAGGACAUCGAUGAAGCGAUGGAGGAUGAUAGGCUUGCCAACAGGCCACCACUGCCGAUGGGCGCCAACCAUCGUGUGGCGAGCUCCUUCGAGCAGUCCUCUUCUACUUCUUCCAACGGAGAGAUCUAAGUGAUUGCUGGCGCCCCGGGAAUGUGUACAUGAGCUGUUAAGCUUUGCCACGCUUAUAAAUUUUGCUUUUUAUGUGCAUAUGCCUUGCGUAUGAGGACGCAUGGAUACUAUCCUGAUACCCAGAGCAAUAAAAUGAACACCGGUGCGGUGAUCAGUGAACCUGUACAAGCACUAUCUUGUGCUCGCUGGGUAAUAUUCAAUGCAAUUUCAUCAGUUGAUGAUGGCUA